UUUAAUGAUUGACGAAGUUACUCCCCUUUUUUUGGAACCUUCUGCGACCGGAAAAAUUGGUCAAAGAUACACAACUUGAAAAAAAAUGAUUGCAUGUUGAUUGAAGCAUAAUGUCCCAAGGACACCAGAAACAAUGGACAAUCACAUUGAGAGCUACAAGCCAUCACAAAGCACCAAGUCCAAUGACUCUAACCUGCUGAACGAUGGGGCAACUCGUAUUGUGCGUUCACGCACUGUGAGCUUCGUUAAGAACGAGAAUGGCGGGGAGAUGGUCACAAUCGACCUGGUCAACCAGCCAGAGGCUGAAGAGAGGACCGGCCAAACGGUCAUGAAUGACAGUGACAUCUAUCUUGCCGCCACAUACAUCAUCGACGCUGUUGAAACGCGUAACUACCAGUUCAACACCGAUCCAGGGAGUUUAAGAAACUACCAUCUGUAUAAUAACAGGUUCAUGCAGUACGUCCUCUAUUUCUUUGUGUUUGUGAUACUCAUGCUGGCCAUAUUUGAAGAGCCUGCAGUCAAUGGUCUGAGCAUGCCUUACUGGAGUACCCACGUUCUGGAGCUGGCCUGCUUGGCGUAUUUCGUCUUUCGAAUGCGUCAUCAUCGAUCCUUCACACCGAGGAGAAUAUGGUGGACAGAUGCUAAGAACAUUAUACUAGUCGUUGCUAUCAGUGUGAUGUGUGUGGAUAUGAUACUAAUGACCGUUCUAGUGGAGACUGGAGUGAUUGAGAAACCCUUCCGCUGGUCCAGAAUGCUCAGACCGCUCUUCCUCGUCAACUUCCCUGAGAUGAGAGAGAUCCGGCGCUCAUUCCGUAAUAUCCGCCACUCACUGAAUGAGAUUCUAACCGUUCUGAUUCUUCUGUUCUUAAUUCUCUUCUUGUUUGCUCUUCUUGGCCGGGAACUCUUCUCCGAUGACGACCUGAAAGAAGUUCUAUCAUCGGAGCCUUACUUUGCACACUACAUUGAAAAUAUCUGGGAACUGUAUAUCCUUGUGACUACGGCCAACAGUCCUGACGUCAUGAUGCCAGCCUAUGACUGGAAUAGUUUCUACAUAGUAUUCUUUGUGAUCUUCGUCUUGCUGUGUAAUUACAUCUUUAUGAGUAUCUUCCUUGCUGUUAUAUACAAGAACUACCGAAAACAUCUCAAGAACGAAGUUCAGACCUCAGUGUUUCUGAAAAGAAGGAAGCUCGCCAAGGCGUGGGACAUCCUGAAAGUCACAGUUGACAGCAAGUUUGUGCUGACGUGGGAGCGAUGGAGAGCAGUGAUGAAGUUUGUCAUUCCAAAACACAGUGACAUGCAAGUACAUCUGCUGUGGAAGGUUCUUGAUAACGAUGACAAUGGAUCAGUUGCCAAAUGGGAGUUCCUACGCAUUGUAGAUCUCCUCAGUGUUAAGCUCUCGACCAUCAACCAAAGCAUGCCAUUCUUCCAGAAGUAUAUGGCCACAUGCUACAACUCUACACUCAGCGAAUUCAUCUGCAAAUAUGUCAAACAUAGAUACUUCCGCUUCUUCUUUGACUUUGUGAUCAUGAUCAAUGCGUUUCUGAUCAUCGUCAAGGUUGAUGAAGCAGAGUGGUACUUCUUGGGCAUCUUCAUGUUUGAGAUCCUGAUCAAGAUGUACGUCUAUGGUUUCUACAAGUACUUCAAAAGCGCUUGGAAUGUAUUUGACUUUGUAAUUAUCACUGUAGCCUUUGUAAUCAGCGCCAUAGAGGAAGUAGUACAGCAAACGUCAAAAGAUUUCACAGAGCCCACAUUAGACUUUCUCCUAGUCCUCAGAGUGUUGAGAAUCUUAAGAGUCAUUGGAGGCAUUGAAAGGUAUCAAGUCAUUAUAUCCACCAUUAGCAACAUCGGUCCGUCAAUUCUAACGUUUGGUGGCGUCUUAUUCGUUAUCUUCUAUGUGUUUGCCGUCAUCGGUAUGGGAAUAUUCCGCAGGCGGAUUACCUUCUACGGUUACCUACCCGACAACGCGUACACGGACCCGACACAACUCUACUGCGGGACGGGCAUCGCCAAUUUCACCAAGUCGGAAUUCUACAACCACCAUUACUGCAGCAACAACUUCAACGACAUCACCAAGGCCUUCGUUGUGCUGUUUGAGCUGAUGGUGGUCAACCAAUGGCAUGUGAUUGCCGAUGGCUUUGUUCUCGUCACGCAUAAAGCGGCGAGGAUUUACUUCCUAUCCUUUCAUAUCGUCAUGGUGGUGAUCAUCGUCAACAUCUUCAUUGCGUUCAUCCUGGAGGUGUUCAUGGUGGAGUAUUCGCUCUCUAAGAGUAAGUACGAGGGCGCUAUUGAGAAGAAGAUUGAUGAGCUGGGGCUGGGAGUUGACCUAACUGAAGAGAAUCAAGACAAGAAGAGCAAGCCAGUAAAACUAGACAAGCUUGGUCUGGUCAGUAAUGCUGAGGGAGAAAACUCCACGGCUAGCGAUAAAAGACCCAAGGAUCCUGGUAUUCGUUUCCGUAUUGGCAAAAAAUCCAGAAAUGUUCAGCUGUCCCUUCAGGCCAUGUUUGAAGGAGAGCUGGACGAGGAGAACAUCGGCCCCGAGGGUCUAGAAGACAAUGAUGACCUUGAUGUGGAUGAGAAUGAGCCCAUCGCAUACACGCUUAAUAACGCUGUCUAGGAAACAAACCAGCCAAUAGACUCCGUGCAUAAAGCGGAGCACUACAGGGAUCAUGUGCAGGUUUUUACGCAUAAGAACAGGUAUUGUCCAAUCAUUUGCUUCCUUUGACCCCCCAGUGAGGGCGCUGUUUGAGUGUGUGACGUCACAUGCAAGGGGUCUAUAAAGAAAAACGAUGACCCUUUUGGCGGGAAAAUUGUCAACUUUUUAGACAGGGCCCUUUUAGUAUAAAGCUUCGUAGCACAAGAACUUUGCUGAGCCCAACAUUUUCAUCUUAGCUGAAAUGGGUUACCGGUUAAAAUUGUAGGUAGUGUGCAUUGCUCAUGACUGGCUCCCUGCCAAUUUUAGCUGACAUGGGCGGCCAGGCAAAUGAAAUUAGAUACAAUGUUGUCAUGAUCUUUGAGGGAAAUUUUCAGUGCGGGGUGCUUCAUGGUAUUCUAGUCUCCCCCCCCCCCCCAAAAAAAAAGAAUGAAUUUCUUCGGUAACUAAACUUAAUUGAUGAGCAGUUUAAUCUGCUUUGUGCAGUCCUCUUACUAGUUUGUGUGUGAUCCACGUAAGUCCACUAUUUGGAAAAGAAAUUACAUUGAGAUAACAGGUGUGAGUUAAAAAUGAUGUAAUUGAGCUUUCUUAUAAGGCCAAUUACUAAACUUAGUUAACUAAUAGAUAAUAAUAACAAGACUUGUAAUGCGCACGUAUCCACCCUGCUGGGUGUUCAAGGCGCAGAAUUGCUGCUAUUUUUAAUAUAAAAAAAAUACAUGUUGAUACUGUGAUUAUGAGAGACCCUUUAUGAAUCCUCAGAUGUAAGGGUGGGUUAGUUUUCAAAACUUUUCAAAAUGUACAGAUUUUUUUUGUGUAGAUUUGUAAGCAUUUGCCAACAGCCAUUUCCUUUGUAUUCUAAAUGCAAGACAUUACGCCAAUGUAUUACAUAUAUAUUUACACAGCACAUUUGAUUGUCUUUCUAUAUAGUUAUAUUCCAACAUUAAAUUUUGAUAUAUUAUUGAAAAUUAAGUUUAUAGCAUUUAUCGAAAGAGAUUAAUCUUUUAAAUAUAAAUUCAAUCAUAUGCUUUCAUAUUGUUUAUCAGUAUUAAAAUGGCAAUAUCUAAUGACCAGUACCAAUUUAAAUAACUCAGAUUAUUAGAGUGCUUUCAGGAAAUAUUGAAAUAAUGGGUUUUGUCAUAUCGUAUAGAACUAUCAAGAAGCUUGCAACUAAUCGUGUGGCAUUGUAGUCUGAGGAAUUCAAGUUUAGCAUUACUUGUAACGAACCUAGGCAUUGUACCAGACAUUAUACAAAUCUAACUCACAAAUGGUCGAUAUUUAUCUUCUGUAAGCAUAGAAGACACUGUUAUUGGAGAUUUUAUUCGAACUUUCUACUGUACUUCUUAAAAAGCAAGUAUUCUAUUCUUCAUUCAACUAUUUUAAAGAUCUAACUCAAAAAUGGCUGAUAUUCAUAUUUUGUAGUAUAGAAGACAUAGUCAUAAAAGGUUAUUAGAACUUUUACUGUACUUUAAAAAAAAAGCAAGUAUUCUAUUCUUCAUUCAACUAUUUAAACAACUUUUUGUUAAAUGCAUUAAUUACUUUUUUCCCCCUACAUUCCAAUGUUUGUGUUUGUUCAUAAUAAUUGCAAGAUUGUAAUGCUAUUAUUAAACCACUACAUUAUUUCUAGUUAUCGGUUUUUAGUUUAUCAGUAUUUUUUUGUAUACAGGAGGGAAUCACCCACAAAUAAAUUGCU